AACAAGCUGGAGAGUCUGCCUGCAGGGAUCUUCGACAGGCUCUCAAUCUUGAUUUGGCUAUUUCUUUCCAACAACAAGCUGGAGAGUCUGCCUGCAGGGAUCUUCGACAGGCUCUCAAUCUUGAUUUGGCUAUUUCUUUCCGACAACAAGCUGGAGAGUCUGCCUGCAGGGGUGUUCGACGAGCUCUCGAGCCAGCUUUAUCUAUGUCUUGACAACAACAAGCUGGAGAGUCUGCCUGCUGGGAUCUUCGACGGGCUCUCGAGCUUGCGGAUGCUAUAUCUUUCCUACAACAAGCUCUCCUGCAUUUCCUCCAAGGCGUUCACUGGUUUGUCGUCGCUUUCCCAAUUGGAUCUGACAGGCAACAAUCUACCUCUGCCUGCAGGGAUCUUCGACGGGCUCUCCAGCUUGCAGUAUCUAUAUCUUGAAUUCAACAAGCUGGAGAGCCUGCCCGCGGGAAUCUUCGACGGGCUCUCGAGCUUGACGGAUCUAUGGCUUCGAAACAACAGACUAGAGUGUCUGCCUGCAGGGGUGUUCAACGGGCUCUCCCACUUGGGUUUGCUACUUCUUGCCAACAACAAGCUGGAGAGUCUGCCUGCAGGGAUCUUCGACAGGCUCUCAAUCUUGAUUUGGCUAUUUCUUUCCGACAACAAGCUGGAGAGUCUGCCUGCAGGGAUCUUCGACGAACUCUCGAGCCAGCUUGCGCAGAUAAAUCUUUACAACAACAAGCUGGAGAGUCUGCCUGCGGGAAUCUUCAACAAGGUCUCGGUCUUGCGGUCGCUACAUCUUUCCAACAACAAGCUGGAGAGUCUACCUGCAGGGAUUUUCGAAGGGAUCUCGAAGUUGGAUGGGGGUAUAUCUCUUGACAACAACAAGCUGGAGAGUCUGCCUGCUGGGAUCUUCGACGGGCUCUCGAGCUUGCAGGAGCUA